AACGUGAAAAACCCGACCCAUCUCGGGCGAGAAAUAUCCGGGAAAUUGGAUCCGAGACCCUUUCGGCAGAAACCCAGAAACGAACGCAAACCCUUUUCCCACUCUUUUCGCCUCCUCCCCUCCCUCGUCUUCCUCCUCCUCCUCAAGAGCUUCUUAUAUAAAGGGGGCGUCUGCGCGCUUGUAGUUUCGGGUUCUCAUCUUCUUCGACACAGAAAACCCUACAACCCCCAAAAAGCAGAAAGAGCAAAAGGGGAGGAGAGGGAACUUGAUGAUCAUGAGCGUGAGUGGCUUCCUGAGCUUGGCUUCGAGCUGCUUCUCCCUGCUCCUGCUGGUCGAGCCGCAUGUAGCCCGUGCCUCGAGCCGCGGCUCAACCCUCGCAGGCGGCGGUGUUGCCCCUCCGGCUGCUGCUGGCAUAUGCGCCUCGUCUGUCACGAUACAUGGUUACAAAUGCCAGGAGUUCGAUGUGAUCACUCAGGAUGGAUACAUACUAAACGUGCAAAGAAUACCGGAGGGCCGAGCCGGGGGUAGCGGCGGCGGCGGUAGCACCGACAAGCAGCCAGUCCUAAUACAGCACGGCGUCCUCGUGGACGGGAUGACGUGGCUGCUGAACCCGCCGCAGCAGGACCUGCCCUUGAUUCUUGCCGAUAACGGGUUUGAUGUGUGGAUUGCCAACACCCGAGGCACCCGGUUCAGCCGGCGCCACACUUCCUUGGACCCCGCCAGCCCGGAUUUCUGGAACUGGUCGUGGGACGAACUGGUGACCUUCGAUCUACCGGCCGUGUUCGACUUCAUCCACGGGCAAACUGGGAAGAAGAUCGAUUACGUCGGCCACUCGCUGGGGACUUUGAUAGCUUUGGCGUCCUUAUCGGAAGGGAGGCUGGUGGACGAGCUGCGAUCGGCGGCUCUGUUGAGCCCGGUCGCUUAUCUCAGCCACAUGACCACCGCCCUCGGCGUUGUCGCGGCCAAAGCCUUUGUCGGCGAGAUCACCACGUUGUUCGGGCUGGCCGAGUUCAAUCCCAAAGGCGAGCCCGUGGCUAACUUUCUCCAGGCCUUGUGCGCUAAUCCGGGUGUCGAUUGCUACGACUUACUAGCCGCGUUGACUGGAAAAAACUGCUGUCUCAAUGUUUCCACCAUCGACCUGUUUUUGGAGAACGAACCGCAGUCGACGUCGACCAAGAACAUGGUCCAUUUGGCUCAAACGGUUCGGGACGGAAUGCUGGCGAAGUACAACUACGGGAUCCUCAACGUGAUGCACUACGGGGACGUGAGGCCGCCGGUCUACAACCUCUCCAACAUCCCCCGCGACCUCCCGAUCUUCCUGAGCUAUGGAGGCCGGGACGCGCUAUCCGACACGUGGGACGUCCAGCGCCUGCUCGACAGCCUCAACCUCCAUGACGUCGGCAAGCUCACUGUCCAGUACGUCGGAGACUACGCUCACGCCGAUUUCAUCAUGGGAGUGAACGCCAAAGACAUCGUGUACGGUCAAGUGCUGUCUUUCUUCAAAAACCAGCAGUGACUCCUGGGGACUAAGCCAAUUUUACAAAUAGGAAUUGAGACAAAUGAAUGCGACAUGAACAUUUGUUUUC